UUAAAAAAAUCCUUCAAACUCUGCUGGAAAUUACUUACAAAUAAUCAAGAACUAUGAGACAAAAGUGGAAAGCUCUGUUGCUAUUGCUUCAGCUGCUGGCUUAUUUAAAAUCGGGUCAAGCAAUUUGGUUUCCCUGGUACUUCCAGCGCUACGGAUUGGCCCCGCAUUCCUCCCGACAUGGCGGAGGUUACAAAAACAAGACAGACUCCGGGUCAACCUGUCCACCUGGGUACGAAAUGAAGUCAUCAGCGGCAGGAUUGACGGGGGGAAUAGCUGGAUGUGAACGCGUAUUUGGACCGAGAGUGGGAAACGCAGAACGCCUUUGCGACGAUAAUCCCGUGCUGAUGCAACUGGCGCGUCUCUAUGUGGUAAGUCCUGAGAGGAUUGUACUGCUCCUGGCGCAACCCUCUCUAACCGAAUCCUGCGCCGAGAUCACCGAUGUGCUGGGCAACAUACGGAAGUCCAUGCGCAACUGUGUCCUGGCCCCGGAUAACAUCUACGGGAGACUUGCGGAUGGGCUGAGCUACUUUCAAUCGGAGGUCUGCGAGGGGGGCGAAGGCAGCAACAGGAAGCGAUGCACCGGACUCCAAGAGUCGCACAACUGCCUGAAGGAACUCCGGACGGACAUGAUCGAGUGCGAGGCACCGGCUGAUUGGUACGAACGCACGAAUGCUAGCAAGGUGUGCCACAUCUUCAACGACGUCCUGAACUGUUAUUAUACAAGGGCAGCCUUGUUGUGCGGACUCGAGGUCGCCAGGCAGCUGAGGUCCUUCGCAGGAGAUAGUAUGGGCAGGGCCAUGAUCCACAAGUGCGAGAUUAGCAAAAGGCUGCCCCGGGUUGAUAAUGCCAUGCCGAUCAACGCAUAUAGUGGAACUAGCUUAAGGUCGUCAGAAAUGGAAUGUGCUUUAAGUUCUUUGGUUGUUUUUGUUAUUUAUUUUGCAGGGAUUAAAUAUUUAUUUGGAUAAAAAGAGCAAGUUGUGAUAAA